AAGAGAAUGGCUUUGAAAAAUGACUCUUCAGUGACCGAGUUCAUCCUUGCAGGCUUAACAGAUCAACCAGAGCUCCAACUUCCCCUAUUCUUUCUGUUUCUAGGGAUUUAUGUAGUCACAAUAGUGGGAAACAUGGGAUUGAUCAUUUUAAUUGGUAUUAAUUCUCAGCUUCACACUCCUAUGUACUAUUUCCUCUUUAACUUGUCUUUUGUAGAUCUCUGCUACUCUUCUGUCUUUACUCCUAAAAUGCUGAUGAAUUUCAUCUCUAAGAAAAACAUUAUUUCUUAUUCAGGAUGUAUGGCUCAGCUUUACUUUUUCUGUUUUUUAUCCAUUGUGGAAUGCUAUGUGUUGACAAUAAUGGCUUAUGAUCGUUAUGUUGCCAUCUGUAAUCCAUUGCUGUAUAAUGUCAUCAUGUCCAAUCAGGUCUGUUCAUGGCUAUUGUGUGGGGCAUAUGUAAUGGGGUUUGCUGGUGCCAUGGCUCAUACUGGAUGCAUGCUGAGACUGGUCUUCUGUGGUGUUCACAUCAUAAAUCAUUACUUGUGUGACAUCCUCCCCCUCCUCCAGCUCUCCUGCACCAGCAUCCAUGUCAAUGAGCUGGUAGUUUUCAUUGUUGUAGGCAUUAACAUUAUAGUACCUAGUGUCACCAUCUUGACAUCUUAUGCUCUUAUUCUGUCCACUAUCCUAAGCAUCCAUUCCACUGAGGGCAGGUCCAAAGCCUUCAGCACCUGUAGCUCUCACAUAAUUGCUGUUGCUCUUUUCUUUGGGUCAGCUUCAUUCAUGUAUUUCAAGCCAUCCUCAAUAGGGUCUAUGGAUCAGAGCAAAGUAUCUUCAGUCUUUUACACAAAUGUGGGACCUAUGCUAAACCCCCUCAUUUAUAGUCUGAGGAAUAAAGAUGUUCAAGCUGCCAUGAGGAAAACCUUGAGAAGCAUGUUUUCCAGAAUAGGAGUAGGGUUUUCAUGUUGA